AUGGCUGCGCCUGGCUUUCUCCCUCAAUCGCAACCUUUCAGGUCCGCCGCUGUAACCGCUCAAUCACCCUAUCCGCUAUCCAUGGGCACUGUUAUUAACCAUUACGAUUGCGAUGCGACCACUAAACCCGUCGGCACGCCUUUUGCGACGACACCCUCCUCCAUAUCGACUAUCUUGAUUCGCAGACUUCCUGUUGAUACUAACGAGGACAAGCUUCGUCUGAUGCUCCUCUUCUCGCAGGAAUUGCUCCAAAUCGAGAUGAUAUCCGUGGAACAGUCAGAAGACCCAGGUUUUCGGUCCGCAAUCGUGAGAUUUAAGACUCCUAAUGGGGCACAUCAGGCCAAGGAUAUGUUGCAUGGAAAAUCUAUUAGUUUAAGUGAUAUUGAGCUGGUGGUUGAGAUCGUGUCCGGUAGCCCGACCGCGUCGAGACGAUACCCAAUCGAAUCUGCAGUUUCGGCCCCGUCUAGCGGCCCCUCAUCGACCACAUCUUCGGGGGCGGCCUCGCGUCAAUCCUCUCGGUUUAACGGUGCAUUUCAAUCUUUAGAGAAUAUUUCGCCCCCUAUGAAUGGAAUAUACGGGAGCAAUGAGCUACCGAACCCUGAGUCUAGCGCACAUUAUCAGAGUCUCUUCUCACCACAAUCACCGAUUGGUAACCACCUUACUGAGCGCACGCGCAUAUCCGGCAAGACACUUAUUAGUCAUGACGCUCCAGAAGAUGACGAGACGCGAGAGCUCCUUAAAGACCCCGUUGCGUAUGCCGAGAAUGGCGCGACACAACAACGAAGAGCUACCGCUCCGCAGCUACCUAUUAGUCGCAUGGCUAAUUUAUCUCUUAAUACGACUGCCAACGGGCCAGCAUCCUUACCCCAAUACAGUCACCCAAGCAUAACCCCUCUAUCUGCACAUGGAAAUACCAUGUCACCAACGGUCAUGAACGGCGCGAGUCACUCGAUGAAUUACCAGAUGGGCAACCAGCACUAUCAGCGACAUAGUAACUUCCCUCCCGUGAAUCCCGCCGAUCAGAACCCUCCAUGUAAUACGCUCUAUGUGGGCAACCUUCCGAUCGAUACUUCCGAGGAGGAGUUGAAAGCUAUGUUUUCUAAGCAGCGAGGGUACAAACGUCUCUGUUUCCGCACUAAACAGAACGGCCCUAUGUGCUUUGUUGAAUUUGAAGAUGUGUCGUUCGCCACUAAAGCUCUCCAUGAGCUAUACGGCACGCCUCUUCAUAAUAGCAUCAAGGGAGGCAUUCGUCUUAGCUUUUCUAAAAAUCCUCUGGGAGUUCGUUCGGGUCAGACUCCGGGCCAGACUGGCCCUGGCUCUAUGGCAGGUAUGAACGGUAUGAUGGCUGGACCCGGGAACGGAUUUACAAGCGCCAAUGGUCCUCCACCAGGUCUUGCGGCCCCCCCAGGCCUCAGUCGCAUUUAUAACGGGGGAUCGACAGUCCCUAGCAGUGCGAGCACCCCAUAUUCCGCGGGAACUUUCCCUAGUACUAACAGUAAUGUAUGGAGCAGCCCGUUGUAUAGCGGGCCGCUCUCGGCUGGUGGUUCAUCCCCAGCGGUGAACGGCUCCGCCUCAGCUUUCCCACCUUACAUGAUGGGACGAUAG